GCAGAAGAUACAAGCUAUAUCAUCAACAGAUGCAAAUGGCAGUUUCUUCUUUUGAAUCAGUAGCUGGUCUUAACGCUGCCACCCCUUAUAUUUCCUUGGCUCUCAAGACAGUUACAAGGAACUUUCGGUGUCUAAGGAAUGCUAUUUCAGAUCAGAUCAGGCACAUAUCUAGAGCCCUGGGGGAGGACUUAUUGUCCGCAACUACCGGUACUAGCAGCAGCAAAGGUGAUAUAAAUAUGUCUAGACUAAAGUAUGUGGGUCAGAAAUCUGGUGGGGUUAACAUGGGCUUCCUUGAACCCCAACAACACGGCUGGAGGCCCCAGAGAGGCCUACCGGAACGUUCGGUGGCUAUUCUAAGAGCUUGGCUCUUUGAGCAUUUUCUUCAUCCGUACCCCACAGACACAGAUAAGCACAUGUUGGCUACUCAAACAGGUCUUUCUCGAAAUCAGGUGUCUAAUUGGUUCAUCAACGCACGAGUUCGUGUUUGGAAACCAAUGGUGGAAGAAAUACACAUGCUUGAAAGCAAAGGCUUGGCAGAAGGCCAGAACUCUAGCAAAAAUGAUGGAAAAUCUGGUGAAGGAGGUCCUAGCCGGCCUAAUGAAGACCAAUCUAUCAACAGGUCAUGUAUAAACGUGCUGUUUGACAAGCAGAUGGCUUGCGCAGAUAUGCAUGUCGAAGGCAUUACUGGAGAUGCACAUGAAGAACAUUGGAAUCAUGAGAAACGCUCAAGGAUGGAUUUUCAUAUCCCAACAAGCAUGGAGGGUUCAUUGAUGGGUUUCGCACCAUACCAGCCAAGCAGGCUUGAGAUGGGUGGCCUUGGAGCUGUGUCCCUUACCUUGGGACUUAGGCAUGGUGUAGAAAGCUCACAACAGCAGCAACAACAAUAUCAACGACAGGAGGAUCAGCUUAGGCAGCAAUUCGGUGGUCAAAUGAUUCAUGACUUUGCCGGUUGAGUUUAUAAUGGUCUUUCCUUGUGACAAUUUUCCAAAAUUUGGCAAGGAAAAUCCUGCUAACACACAGUCGCAGGUAACCUUGACAGUAUUUGUUGCUCAUGCUAAAAUGUUGAAUGUAGGAGAUGGCACCAUGCACUAAUUGGUGCUUGUUUUAGUUAGGAGGCGGGAGCCAUUCAUGUUGAUGUGGUACUGGUACCUUCGAAACGGGCAGGAAUAAAAUGUUUGGGGUCUGAUUUGCAAUGCCAGUUGUGGGAAGAGGUUUGGAUUUGUCUUGGUAGGAUUUUAGGUAAUCACAAUUGUAUAGGACUUGUUCUGUUUGAGGGUAAGAAAGAUUUGACAUCCAAGAUUCAUCAAUAAGUUGGCACCUGCAGGAAUUUUGUUUUUGGAAAUCAUCUCGGCCCUUGUUUUGCCUGAUAAACAAGAGAUGCCGAAAGAAUUUAUCGGAAUGAAAUCUGUGCACGUUGAUUACUUCUGGAGCCCAAAUUUCUUGGUCGUUGAUAUUGUUGUUAACUGCUACAUGAACUGGUUGAUGGAGAAUGGGGAAUUGCCAGUGAAAUAUAUGCAAUUUUAGGCCACUUCUUUAACUGGACAUUUGCAAGUUUUCCUUUGAAUUAUUUAUCUAAUUUCUGAUAGUGGGUGCUGCUCGUCAAUGUCUAAAAUGGCCCACACUCGAAGUUCCU